AUGCUUGAUAAUUGUGACUCCAUUAGAAAGGGACUUCUCUACACUCCAACUAUGGGAGAAUAAGUUGAUGAGGAUAUCGCAGCUUCAUUUGAACAAAAAAGAGGAAUCAAUUAUUAACAUGAAUAUAUGAGACUAUAUAUUGCUAAUGUUGUCCUGACUCAAUAACUAAAAGAAUUGUUAUAAGAAAAAGGGGAUUUAGUAUCCAAGAUCAAUAGACUUGAAGAAGCAGAAAUAUGCAAAACAAAUUAUAGAAAACUAGAUUUUGAGGAACCCAAAAAAUCUGAGGGACCCUCAAAAAAAUAAAUGGUUCAGAAGGUUCAACUAAAUACAAUGAUGAAAAUGCAGUACCAAAUCAUUAGUAUCAAACUAGAAAAUUAAUUAAGAAGAAUUGAGUUAUUUAAAUUGAUAUUAUUAUUCAAUUCUGCAAAGAAUUCUUCUCUGGAUUAAAUAAUUAAAUAUAUAUAUUAUUUUUUAUUUAAUUCUAAUUCUAUUGAAAAAAUCAUGCAAUAUUAAUUAUUUUUAUGA